AAACAUCUGACUUUUUAAAAGAACUUUAAGCCUAGGUAGUUUCUUUGUUGUUCCCUUCAGGUACUUCACCCGGGUGCCACCAUGAUGCCUUGUAACAGCACUGGCCACCCUUCUUUCUUCAUUCUUCAAGGCAUUCCUGGGAUGGAAGACAAGCACAGAUGGAUAUCUAUCCCCUUCUCCUCCAUGUACUUCAUCACUGUGAUGGGGAACUGUACCAUUCUUCUCACCAUUUCCAUGGAGCGCUCACUGCACAAGCCCAUGUUCCUGCUUCUCUUCCUCUUGGCUCUCACUGACUUGGGCAUGUCUACGACUACCAUUCCUAAGGUUCUCUGCAUAUUCUGGUUUGGGCAGAGUGAGAUAAGCUACGAAGGCUGCUUGGUGCAGCUGUUCUUCAUCCACUCUAUCUCAGCCAUGCAGUCAUCUGUCCUGAUGAGCAUGGCCUUUGACCGUUAUGUAGCUAUCUGCAAGACCUUGCAAUAUUCCACCAUCCUUUCCAAUAGUCGCAUUGGACUCAUUGGCCUAGUGAGCUUGGUGCGAGCGAUCCUCUUUAUUCUCCCCAUGCCUGUCCUCCUCCAACGUAUGCCCUUUCAUGCCAAUCGAGUCAUCCCCACCACUUACUGUGAACACAUGGCUGUGGUGAAGAUGGUAUGUGUGGAUACCACAGUCAACCGGAUAUAUGGUCUGGUCGUGGCCUUGUUGGUGGUUGGGAUAGACAUCUCAGCUAUUGCCUCAUCUUAUGUGCUCAUCAUACGAGCUAUCAUGCAUCUCUCUUCCAAGGAGGCCCACCACAAAGCAGUCAACACCUGCACCACACAUAUCUGUGUCAUGCUAGUCUCCUACACCCCCUGCCUUUUCUCCUUUCUAACUCACCGCUUCGGAAGAGGCAUUCCACCUCAUGUCCACACCAUUCUUGGCAACCUCUACUUCCUUGUACCGCCAAUGCUCAAUCCUAUUAUUUAUGGUGUGAAAACCAAGGAAUUUCGGGACAAAGUUACCAAAUAUUUAUGCAGGUGGAAGGAGUCUAUCAUUUUUUCUCACAGUCAGAAAGUUGUUUGAUAAUCUAGCAGUUGUGAGUAUUAGGAAGCAAUGGUAAGUGUCUAAGGGAAACUGACUAGUGGUAGAGAUACAUUAAGAUGUCAGGUUAGCA